AUGCUGUUAUUCAUAGUAUUAUUUUGGAAUUUACAGGAAUUAAUGUCAAAAGAGAUGGCUAAACUAAAUCGAGAUGUGCUAAUGCUAAGAGAAGAUCAGGCUCCUAAAGUUGGAGCAAGCUUGAGCCAAUCUGAACCAAGGAAGAUUUCAAUGGUUGGCAUUAAACCUCACAUACCUGACUUGAAUGUGAAACCUUGUUCUGAUUCCGACGAGGAAGAAAAAGGAGAAAUUGCAAAAGAAUUUCAGAAUCUUGCAGGUUUAAAAACUCAUGAUGCCUGUUAUGUUGAUCAUAAGCUUUUGUACGAGCUUGAGGUCGAGAUCAUUGCUCGUCUACCAUGCUUUGAAUACUGGAAACUGCAGUUUCUUAACAAGAAAUUCUUGCAGUUAUUAAAGAGCUGUGAAAUUUUCAGGGUGAGAGAAGAAAGGGGACUUGUGAAACCCUAUGUGAUUUUGCAUUCAGGGGCUGUAUCUAAUUGGGAAAUGUUUGAUAAGGAUUUUAAAACCUUUCGGAGACUUCCUAAAGUUCCUUCUUCUGACUAUUGCUUUUUCCACAGCGAUAAGGAAACAGUUAGUGUGGGUACUCAACUAAUUGUCAUAGGGAGAGAAAUAGAUGGAAUUGUGGUGUUUCGCUAUGAGCUAGAGAAUCAUAAGUGGUUCAAAGGUCCUUCAAUGAUCACACCGAGGGCCAUGUACGGUUCUGCGAGCCAUGGUAAAACCGCAUUUUUUGCAGGAGGCAUUAAAAUGGAUGAAAAUGGGAACCCUAUUGUUGUGCAAACUGUAGAAAAGUAUAAUGCUGAUACAAAAAGGUGGACUAUGAUUAAUGGAAUGCAUAAAGCAAGGAAGUUCAGCUCAGGAUGUUUCUUGCGUGGAAAAUUUUACGUCCUCGGUGGCCGAGAUGAUAAUGAUAAACACCUCACUUGUGGAGAAAGUUAUGAUGAGACGACAAAUUCUUGGGAGUUGAUACCUGACAUGCUAAAAGACAUGACAGUCAUUGCGCAUUCCCAAUCUCCGCCCCUUAUUGCUGUGGUUGAUGACAAUCUAUACAUGUUAGAAACAUCUUUGAACGAGCUUCGGGUAUAUGAUAUAAACACAAAUAUUUGGAAGAAACUUGGUGUUGUCCCUGUGAGCGCAAACGCUGCCUUCGGUUGGGGGAUUGCGUUUAAAUCGAUGGGAGACAGACUUCUGGUGAUUGGAACUUCUCACUCUUGGCAUAGGAAGACAGUAGUUCACUCAUGCCGUCCUUCUCCAGACGUGGAAGAGCAGCACUGGGAAGAAAUAAAACAUUGGUGUGUUGGUGCUGAGCUCCCACAGUUUAUUCAUAACUGUUGUGUGAUGUUUGCUUAAAGUUUUUUCCAAGGAAAACUUGGAAACUUAUUUGUUUUUGCAUUUGUGCUUAAAGUUGUUGCAUUUGGUUUUAAGUUGUUUGGUUUGUGUUUUUCUGAUUUUUUUGUUUUUCAUUUGGGAUAAAAAUGUUGUUGUUUUUCGUUUUUUUAAGUGCUUAUGUUUGUGAAAAAAAAUACUAAUGUUGUCUAUGUAAUGGUUAUUUAUUUAUUUUGGUUUUGUUUUUUCCCUCUUCAGCCAUAAAUGUCACCUAGUCAUGUUCAGUUAAAAUCACUAUCUGGUUUCAGUUUAUUUUCCAAAAUUUUAGGUUUGUAAAAGUUAUAACACAUUAAAAUCGUAUCUUAAUUUAUUUUUUUAGGUCGGAUAACUAGAGUUUUUAAGGUCAUUUGGCUUUUAACCAUAAACCAUGGUUGUAUCUAUUUUUAUUUAAAAAAUCCCUCUUUUAUUUUAUAUGGUUACAUAAUGGAAUUUCUAUAAGAUUUUACUAAAACAGAGAAUAAACUAAUUUAGUUUUGGUAAUUUUAAUAUAUCAUUUUGUCGUAUUUUCUGUGAACCCAAUAUUUAUUAUUUACACAGAGGUGCGGAAAAAUAACGGAGUUGUAAAUAGUUAGAAAUAAAAGAGCAACAUUAAUAAAUAUGUGCUUAUUUAUCUACAAAUAAUAAUAAGGAUAAGGUUGUUAUUUCUUAAUAUUAUUACAUGUCAGUUCGAUACUAGCGGCUUGAUCUCUGUAACUAUUUAUUAGAUCAUCCCAAUUUCAAAACUCUUUAUCGUUUAUCCAAGAUCAAUGAUUUGAGUUCGCAAUAUUUUAUUUCCUUGAAGCCGAUUUAAAGAACUCUCUGAAGCUAUAGAGCAUCAAAUUUUUCUUCUGAGAAGUGAACAUUGUAAGCUACUUAAAAGGUAUCGGAGAAACAAUAAAUAUCCGUUGCACAUUGUAACAUAAAUUCAUUUCUAUAUAUUCUCAGAGUAACCAAAUACAGUUUGGUUCGAAUCAGGUUAAUCACAUGGUAUUAAAUUAAUACUCGACUUUCGAUUUAUAAAUUUAAUGUGUUAUAUAAGCAAAUAGACUUUGAUCGAAGAAAAUAUACAAAAUGGACUUUCAUUAUAGAUGGAAAGUAAUCUUUUAAUUUAAAAUGGAACCAUUUUAUUUCGCAAGUAUCAACUUUGUUAUUUAUUGUUCUUCAAUAAUGCAUACAUUUAAAAAAAUUGCAAUGAAAUAAAAUAAUUAAUUUAAUUGAAUGCCAAAAAGUAUUCAAAACAUUUCUUUGAAAACCUAAUAAAUAUCCUCAGACAAUUAACAAUAACUUAGUCAAAACUGCAAACAAUCACUAAUUAGUAGUCUUAUCGUGUAUGGUAAAGAUUUAAAUAAACUCAUAAAAGUUUAGUCAAAAUUUCCAGAUAAUUUAUUACUUGUAUUUAUGGUAGAAGGUUGAAUAAGGAUAUUGUAUUAAUAUGGUAAGAAAAUUAAACAAAACGUUAUAAUUAUGGUAGAGCUAAAAUUCAAAACACAUAUGCUAUAUAUAUCUGAGUAACUUAGUCAAGAUUUCUUAUGCAUCUUUUCAACUAACUAAAUAUAACUGGGAUUGAAGAGAGCAUUCAAUAAAGAAUUUCUAUCAGUUUUUAAGGUACACAUGCAAAUUUUAUGAUAAAUCUAAUCACCAGUGAUAUUAUUACAUAUCAGAUUUUUAUAUUGCAUCACUAUCACAUAAUAUAUUAAUCUUUGUCAUAAUAUGCUUAGUUUUGAAAUUAUAUUGAUUUACUUAUAAGAAAUAAUACAUAUUCCCAAUUUGAUAUUUUGAAAGUUCUUUAAAUAGAAAAAUUAUAAUCGUAAAAGGCAUGUAAUUAUAUGUUUUAGAACAGUGCUUGUCCAUUUCCGUCGUGUUGCAUAAAUUUAAAUUACAUUUUUCUAGUGGCUCACAUUAUUGUAUAGACUAAGGAAAUAUUUUUCUUAAUCUCUUGAAAUAUUAAAUUUUCAAAACAUUAAAUUAUAUAGAUGCAUUAAUUAAUUAUUUUCUUGCAAUUUUUGAGUUUAUAUUAGUUAAUGCAAUUUUUGAAUCUCUUUGAUUUCCCAGUUCAUAUAACAGAAUCUCAUUAUUGUUUCUUUAAAUAAAAUUUGGGAGUUCAAAUACUUAAAAUUGUUUGUA